AUGGGUUUGUUUAUUAUGUGUAGGAUAGAUGACGAUAGCAGUAAUAUUCUAUUAAAUAUAAGAGUAUGCUUUAAUGAGUGAAUAUAAAAUUCUAACUAUUAAAUAAACAAAAACUAUGAUUUUAACUUUAUUUGAUGCUAAUUAAGAAUAUUCAAGUCUAGCUCCAUUUUCGAUUCAAUAAAUAAUCAAAUAAGCCUCAAAAAUUUGA